AGCCUGUAUGUCAUUCUUUGCUGUCAGAGGCUGACUGCUUAUCUCGACCUGAAUCUGAACAAAUGCUACAUCAUCGCCCUGAACACCUCUGUUGUCAUGCCACCCAGAGAUUUCCAUGAGUUCCUGGUCAACAUCAAGGCAGGAAUGUAUCUUCCUCAAUCGUACCUGGUGCAUGAACAGAUGAUGGUGACAGAGAAGCUGGACAGCGUCAGUGAUCUGGGCUAUUACAUCUAUAACCUGUGCAAUGACAAAGACACGUACAGACUACAGCGCAGAGACACCAUUCUGGGUAUGCAGAAGCGUGAGGCUCUAAACUGCCACAAGAUCCGCCAUUUUGAAAACAAGUUUGUGGUGGAGACUUUGAUCUGCGAGCCCUGAAGAACGAGAAUCAUACAUGGGUGUCUCUGACAAAGCAGCAGAUCUUCCACACUUUCUUUAAUUCAGUGUAGCUGUUUGUUCUUCAGAUUUUCAGAGGCCUUUUUUUU